AUGGCAGACAGAUCGAGCAAUGUGCUGAAAAGGCUACACCCGGAAGACGAUGAUCUUGAGAGCCAGAAACGAGCCAGAUCCAACAAUGGCUCGCCUCGUCCUACGACUCCGGCCUCCGCGGCGCCGAGCGCGAAGCCGGACGUGAAUCAGAUCCUCGCUGCGGCCAAAGCUGCGGCCAAAAUGAAAGCAGAGGAAUUGAAAGCUAGGAUGGCGGCCAAUAGACCGGGGGCAACAAGUUCACCUGCACCAGCCAGUGCAUCACCCACUCCUCUGCCGAGCGCCAGUGAUAGGAUUGCUCAGAUGAAGGCCCGAGUGGCUGCGGCGACAAAUCGAUCAGCAGCGUCCAGCCAACAAAAGACGCCGUCAGCUCCGAGUUAUACACCACCAGUCUACAGCGAUGACCUGCCCAAGGGACGAGGAGGUCUCGAUAUCGGUAUUCAUCCUGCACUGCUUGCUGAUGCGCAACCGGACACCCAAAAGAAUAAAGGUCGAACAUCUCAACCCAAAUUCGCCACGGCGAUGGGAAAUCGACGAACCGAAUCUCCAGUUCCAGUGCCCACAAAGGCGCAAUUGGACCUGUCAGGACCAUCGUUGGAGGAGCUUAGAGCAGACCCAUACUUUGAUCCGAACCUUGGAUCACGUAAUAUUACGGCCAAGGGUCGAAUGACAAGACAGUUGGUCUUCAAUCAAAAGGGUAAAUAUAUGCAGCAGGCAGCCGCGCUGCGGAUGCAGGCACAACUCGAAGCUACCAAGAAGAGAAUUGCCGAGCGGAGAAGAAACGCCGGACUGGAAGAAGACUUGGACACGGAGAAAGCCUUCUUAGUGCCGCCUCCUCCAGAUAUCGAGUGGUGGGACGAAGGACUGGUGGAUGGAAAAUCCUACGAUGUGAUCGAAGAUCCUUCCAAGCUGAAAAUCGACACCCCGGAUUCCAUCAUCACAAUCUACAUCCAACACCCCGUUCUCAUCGAGCCACCUCAAGAGAAAAACAACCCAGCACCGAAGCCUAUGUACCUCACUGCCAAGGAACAAGCCAAACUACGCCGUCAACGACGUAUGGCCGACCGGAAGGAAGAACAAGCCAAAAUCCGCCUGGGUCUUGAACCGCCGCCACCUCCCAAAGUCAAAAAGGGCAAUCUCAUGCGUGUACUGGGUGAAGAAGCCGUCAAAGACCCCACGGCCGUCGAAGCACGCGUGAACCGCGAAAUCGCCGAACGCCAACAAAAGCACGAGGACACGAACAAAGGACGCAAGUUGACCAAGGAGCAACGACACGAGAAACUCGAGCAACAACAAGCCGAAGACGCCGCCCGGGGCAUCCACGUGCGAGUGUACAAGAUCGACAGCCUCGCGAACGGCAAACAUCGGUACCAGGUCUCGAUCAACGCCGACCAGAACAAGCUAACGGGCGUGGUGAUCAUGCAUCCGAAGCUGAACCUCGUCGUGGUCGAAGGCGGCGAACACUCGAUCCGCAACUACGACAAGUUAAUGCAAAACCGGAUCCGGUGGCAGGAGAUGGAAGCGCCGCGUCGCGUAGAGGAAGGCAAUCGUGAGGCUUUGGCCAAGUGGCUCGAGGCCGAGGACGAGAACGGCAAGCUCAAGGACCUCAGCUUGAACAAGUGCGAACUGGUCUUCAAGGGCGAGUCCAAACAGAGAAACUUCCGCAAGUGGUUGGGCGCUCGUGUCUGUGAGACGGACGCGCAAGCCAAGGACAUCUUGAGUCGUGCAAAGAUGGAGAAUUUCUGGACCUUGGCCAAGAGCUUUAAGAAGGACUUUUAA